UCAAUUUUACAGUUGUUUAUUUGCAUUCCUUUUAGAAUCAUGUGAUUUUUUUGGUAAAGAAAUGCCUUACUCGUAUAAUGAUAGACUGAAAGAGUCAAUAGUCAACACUGGCACCAUUUCAGCUUCACGAAUAGUAAACAUUGAUGUUUUUUUCAAUCAAAAUGAAACAACUGCGUAUGUUACGUUCAAUAAUUUGCCUCCAUUAAAAAAUGUUUUUCGUAAUGAAUCCAUUUCUGUUGCUAAAAAGGUUCUGAAAAAGUCAUUAGAGGUAUCAGUUGGAAGCUCAGAUGAAUGUCUUCACUUGUAUACCAAAAGGGCCACGACUUUUGAAGGAGUCGCAUUUUGUGAAAACAAAAUUUGCGCUUCAAUCGAUAAAAUAAAUGACCUGGUCGAGGAUAAAGUGGAUGGUUAUGAUUGCGAGAUUUUUUAUGUUCCAUUGAAGAACUUGAAUCGCUACGACCGAGAAUUGAGUUCCGAUGCAAUACAAAGUGGUCUGAUCAGUAGAGGCCUGAGCUUCAGUCUAUACAAUGGUGCGUCACUUGCUCAGUAUACAAUUGCCUCAAUCACAAAGGUAUCAAAUGAGAUUGAGAAACUGUUCAGUCCACUUUAUACUGGUUAUAAAUUGCCUGGAACCAAUAUCAAGGUACAGUUGGUCAGAGAAGCUAAAAUUUGGGUGAUUGCUAUCAUGCUUGUGCCAAGUCUGAUGGAUGUCAAACAUUCUCAGUUUGUCCAUAUCCUGGUGAAUUUGAUUGCCUUGUUUCAACCUUUGACUCUGCAAUGCUUUCACAGAUUUACUCUCACCAGAUGAAUCAUGUACAGUUUACAGAAGAGAUUUAGUCCACAACUAUAAUCCGAUAUUCAACAGGAGAUACAAAGAUUCAGGUUCAAUUGUAGCUGAUACUCAUCUCGAUAAUUGUGCACUUCUCUGUCAUCAAUCAAGUGAAUGUUAUUCGUUUCAAUUCUGUCAGGGACAGUGUUCAUUCGCUGGAAUCUACACUGACUCAGCUACAGAAUAUCAUCAGAACUGUAGCGUAUAUAUUCCCAAAGUAUCUGAUAAAUUCAUAUAUACUGGUCAUAAGAUUGUCUCUGAAACUCAUCACACUGAAUUAAACCUGACAAUGGACCAAUGUGCAGCACUUUGUGACGCUUGGAAAGCCGGUAAUGAACCAUGUCUAUCAUUCAACUAUUGUCCAGAGGGAAAAACGGAAAGUGUAUGCAGUCUUUCAAAAUCUUCGGCGAAAAAUCCAUCAACACGAUCUGUUGUGUCUGAAAAAUGUACCAAUUACGAAUAUAAAGAUGCUGAGAAAUUGGAUUCCAACCCGAAAAUGGAUCAGGUGAAGGGUACAAGUGGAGAAGCAGCUCUUGGUAUCAUAACACUGUUCAUGAUGGUUGGUCUUGUUGCUGGAAUCACGACUCCAAUUGCUUAUAGAAAGAUAAAAACGUUUAAGAUCCUAGAUACAUCAUUCAAAAUAGAUCAUUCAUUGGAUGAGGAGUGAUUAAUUAAAGAAAAAUUAGGUUUCACUCCAAUAAAAUGAACAGCUUCAACACUUACAAGAUUUUCUGAUACAAUAUCAAUUGAUUAGUAAAAAUGUACAAUAAACACAAAAUACGAGUCCUUAGCUGGCUGAUCCAGUGAAUCACUAAAUAAACAAGACUGACUGACAACUGUGAGUCGACUGGUUGUUAAGUUAAACCUAAAAUUAGCCUUCUUUUUGUAUUGUAUUUUUCAUUGAAAUUUUUUUGUUUUAUUUUUUACCCACCACAAUUAUACAAUCAAAGUUCUACUUCCAAUUGCCAAUUUUAAAGAUUAAAAGUUUUUACUACUUUACGGUGUUUAUAUGUUCAAGUUUUCAUGAGCAUAUUGUUUGGUUAUCAAUCUGCGCCGAUUAUCCAGUAAGUGAAAUGUAAAAUUGACUGAGUCGGUAGAGUCGGCUAGCUGCUAGUUGGGAACGAAAUUCAAACACUAAUUCAGAGCAAAAAGUGAAGAUUUUAAAAUCCUUCUUGGAUAAUUUAUAAAAUAAUUUUCCAUUCAUGAAGUGACAUAAUUUAAUGGAUAAUGUUAAUCAACCAAUUACCUGAUGACUGUUUACUCUCGAUUUUCCUGUUUGUAGGUGAUUUAGACGAUACAAUCAACUGUUAUAAAGUGUGUGACAGAUGGAAGCGGUUAAUAUCCUAUCGGCUGAGUAAAGUCAAUUUUCUUGAAGGAGCCUCAUCUUCAAGCACAGACAAACAUGAUUGUCGUAUGGAUAAAAUUUAUUUCCAUAAAACCGAUAAGUUACCAGAUAUUGAUUUAUCCCAAUUGUUACCUUCACUUAAGGUUGUUGAUCUAGACACACCGUUGUGCAAGAAGUUGGGUCGAGAUGAAAUAAUCAAAUUACUGGCAACAGCUGAGUCAAUUAAAGGAGCAAAUUUUGAACCCAGGAAUAUGAUGCGCCACAUGACUCACGAUAGCCUAGAAAAUUUGGAAAUGUUAGCAACAUGUGAUUUGGAUUCUUAUUAUAUUAUUGUGCCCGAUAAUGGAGUCAAGAUAAAGCAGCUUGUUCUUAAAGAAUAUUAUGCAUUUGAUUUUGCUCAUCAUGCGAGGCACUUUCCGAAUCUGAAAAGACUUCGGAUUGAGAAUUGUGAUGGUUUACCUGAUGGAUUCUAUGAAGGGCCAAUUUUGAAAAAUCUGGAGAUUCUUGAGCUUGGAUUAUCGUCUUAUUAUGGUACUGAUGAGUAUAUUGGAUUUCGCUUUAUGGAUUCGUGUCCAGCAUUGAGAAGUGCAUUCCAUUUCAUUUCUGAAAAUCGUUUUUUUGUUGACAUUUCAGUCAAAAACUUCAACAUGCAAGAUUUAGUUAUUCAUUAUAGCUACGACCAGAAUUGGGUUUCCUUAAAGAGGCUGUUGACUAAGUAUCCCAAUUUAAAGCACCUUGCUUUGAAAAAUAAUUGCAAGAUACAAGAUGAACAUGUAAAGGAAAUGGUGGCCAUGUUACCAAAGUUGUGUUUACUUGAUUUAAGGGGAUCACCCAGAGUCACAAAAUAUGCUGCUGAUUUUGUGGAUCAAUAUUGCCAAAGACACGGCCGAACUAUCAAGUUUUAUCAUUAUUUAAAGGAUGAUCGAAUCUAUUCAGACUGGCCACAAUUAUCAACAAAAGUAGAAAGAAUAAGUCGAGGAUUUGACUUCAUGAAACAUUGUUUUCUAAAGCAAUUUGGUCAAAUUCCAGUGUUUAUGGUUCCUUACGAUUAGAGAUAUCAAUACAUUUGAUAAACUUCACUAUAUCAACAGCAAUAGACUAAGGAAUCACUCAAAAUUUUUUAGAAACAGAUUCAUUGCCUUUUCUUUAUGAACAUUUUUAGCAUCUGAUAAUUUAAAAUCUGUUAUCAUCAAUAGUAACUUUUUCAUUUGACAAUGAAAGGUUCUGCGGCUAGUAAUGACGCAAAAUUGUCUUGAUUGAAUUAUUUAUUGAUAUUUUUUAUAUAAAAAGACAAAAGCAAGAUCGAUGACUUGAUAAAGAUCAGUGAUCAAGGAUCAUAAAGAGGACAAAAUAAUGCUGAAAUCAACAAUUUAAACCGUUCAAAUUAUUGAUAAAAAAUGCCCUUAAUGCGAUUUUUUGAAAAUUUGUUCAAUCAAUUCAAAAGUUUGUGUUCUUCAUCCUUGUAUCCGGAUGUAGAACCGGACAAUUACAUCCAAUAAAACCUUUAUUAUCUAA